GGUUGGCACCCUUCGGGUACGGAACCCAAAGAAGUCGAUCGGUCGUGCUCCUUUUGGUGCGCAAGUGCGCAACGAAAUAGGCACCUACCUAUCUAACACGCCAGCAAUUUCUAACACGAUAAUAAUAGAAAUUGCAGGACAGUUUUGUAUUAUGCUAUUGAUGAAAUUUUCACAAGCAUAUGAUAUUUUAUUCUUUUAAAAUGCUGAAUGUGCAUUUCUUUUUAAAGGUUUAAAAAUAGAACAAGACCGCGCAUGCUCGAACUGACGCAAAUGAAAAUUAGCUAGCGUGGAGUGUGGUAUCUUGUGUGGAUUUGUGAUAAGUUCAAUACAGUUUUUAAGUUGUUUAGGUAAAAAUGAGUAGUUCAUCGGAAGAAGAAUUAUUAGAUUUUGCGCCGCCUGAUAUAGAAGAUAAAAAGACAUCGUUUGAAAACCUGUUAUUACCGAAAUCGAGGGAGAAAUAUAAAAAGACAUAUGAAGAUUUCAUCAAGUGGAAAACUGAAAAAAAAGUAAAUUCUUUCUCGGAAAAUGCAUUUUUAGCAUAUUUCAAUGAUUUAAGUAAAGACAAAAGGCCAUCUACAUUGUGGUGUGAAUAUUCAAAGCUUAAAACUACAAUACGUUUAAAGGAAAAUGUAAAUAUUGGCGAUUACGCUAACCUAAGUACAUUUUUAAAGCGAAAGUCACAGGGAUUUAUGCCAAAAAAAUCUAAAGUUUUAUCUGGAAACAAUAUUGAAACGUUUAUAAAAGAAGCCCCAGAUGAACAAUAUUUGCUAGAAAAGGUCAUUCUUAUUUUCGGCGUUAAUGGUGCAUGUCGUAGCAAUGAAAUGACUGCACUCACAAUAAAUGACAUCGAAACUUACGAUAAUAAAAUGCUUGUUCGUGUGCGCGGCUGUUCAAAAAAUGACCGAAUGUUUAUAGUGCAGGAUGAACUACUAAAAGUCGUACAGAAGUAUCAAAAGCUCCGACCAGUUGGUAUAAAAAGUGACAGAUUUUUCUUAAAUUUUAAAAAUGGAAAGUGUACCAAACAAGUAGUCGGACGUCAUAAAAUAGCAGCAAUACCUAAGCGUAUUGCUACUUAUCUUGAUUUGCCUGAUGCAGAAUCGUAUACAGGACAUUGCUUAAGAAGAUCUUCCGCCACUCUUCUCGCUAGCGCAGGAGCAAAUGUGCUCACUUUAAAGAGGCACGGUGGAUGGUUAUCAGAUAAAAUAGCCGAGCGGUAUAUUGAAGAAUCGUUUGGAAAGAAGUCUAAGAUAACCAUAGAAAUAAAUAAAGCUACAUUAAAAACUACGCCUUCCGAACCUAGGCCGUCAACGUCAUCUGCAGUACCGUUCGAUGAAUUGACUACUGAAACUUCCACUUCUUCAACACUGAACUCAAGCCCAAGUGUUCAACAAGUCAAUUUACCUGACAAAAGUGUUCAAUUAUCAAUGGCUAACUUUACAAACUGCACUGUUAUUUUUAAUAUGAAUAAUUAAAGUUUCGUUUCUUGAA